AUGUUCAAGCUAACUCUCCUCUCUGUUGCUGCCCUCGCUGCCUCUUUUGUCUCUGCUGAAACUGCCUACUUUGCCUUCAAAACUGUGGAACGUUCCAAAGAGUUUGUCUUCCAACUCACUGAUGAUGCCAAAAUUGCCCAGGCUAGAAGAAUCUUGAGUGGCGCAGAAACCCAAUCUGUUCACGUCUCUGGAAGAAUUAUCAAGACCCCAGCAACGUACAAUCCCUAUUGGCAAUUCAUUUUGGACCCUGAAACCAUCAGCUUCUUUGACCACUCUAUUGAGAUAUGUGAUGCCAACGUCAACUACGUUGGAGAACACUUGGACGAAGCCUGUGGCGCUUUCUUGCCCGGAUGUAUCUUCUGUCCCUGGACCAGUAAAAUUACCAGAGAAGUCAAGAGAGAGUAA